GCUUCUUGACCCCAUAGAGUGGUUAGGACAACACACAGACAACUACAAUGAUAGCUUUGCUGCUGCUGGCGCUGGUCGCUCAUUCUUUUGCUCUGCCUCUGCCGUCUGAGGACAACAACAGGCUUUUAGCAGAGAAGUACCUCCGCCGGUUCUAUGACCUACCAGCUGCUCUCCAAGGCAAGUCGUCAGGUACCUUUGAGACCAAGAUCAAGGCGAUGCAGAGAUUCUUCAAUCUCAAGGUAUCAGGGAAUCUGGAUGACAACACUUUGGAGGUGAUGAAGCUGGCCAGAUGUGGCGUCCCAGACAUUGGGGAAUACAACCACUUCCCCCGACACCUCAAAUGGCAAAAUAACAAUGUCACAUUCAGGAUAGUGAAUUAUACACCAGAUCUGAAGAAGUCUGAUGUAAACAGAGCCAUCCGCACUGCACUGAACGUUUGGUCUGACGUCACCCCGCUGACCUUCAAGAAGCUGCACGAGGGCAACGCCGACAUUAUGAUCAGUUUUGGAGCAAAAGAGCAUGGAGACUAUAACCCUUUUGAUGGGCCUAAUGGAUUGCUGGCCCACGCCUACCCACCCGGCCCAGGUAUCGGAGGAGACACUCACUUUGAUGAGGAUGAACACUGGAGCAAAGAUUCAUCAGCUUACAACCUGUUUAUAGUGGCGGCCCAUGAGUUGGGCCACGCCCUCGGUAUGUCCCAUUCCACAGACCCGGGCGCUCUGAUGUACCCUGUCUACUCGUACGCUACAGGCUUCCCGCUGUCUGAAGAUGACAUUGAAGGCAUUCAAGCUCUCUACGGCCCAAACCCAAACCAUAGGAAAGUGAAGCCUAAGCCUGACGCACCAAACAAAUGUGACCCCAUGUUAAGUUUUGAUGCUGUCACAGAGCUCAGAGGGGAAACCAUCAUCUUCAAAGACAGAUUCUACUGGCGUCUCCAUCCUCAGAUGCCGGAGCCAGAGCAGACGCUGAUCAAAUCCACGUGGCCCUCCAUCCCCAACAAGGUGGACGCAGCAUACGAGAACUCAGAGAAGGAUGUAGUCAUCAUAUUUAGCGGGAUCCGAAUGUGGGCUUUGAAUGGGUACGACCUUGUGGAUGGUUACCCAAAAUACAUACACAAACUUGGACUUCCCAAGAAAGUAAGGAAAAUAGAUGCAGCUGUGCACAUCCGAGACACUGGGAAAACUCUCCUCUUCACUGAUGAGGACUAUUGGAGCUAUGAUGAAGCAACAAGCACCAUGGACAGUGGCUACCCACGAACCAUUGAGGAAGAUUUUCCUGGGAUGGAUGACGAGGUCGAUGCUGCUGCUUAUCACUAUGGACAUUUGUAUUUCUUCCAUGACCACAUACAGUACGAGUACAGUUACACCUCCAGGAAAGUCAUUCGCAUCCUGAGGACCAACUCCAUUCUCAACUGCUGAUGAGGUGGUCCACAACUGUCAGUAGCAGCACAUACCCACAACAAACAGAAUCUAAACAAGAAGAAGAAGAUGCAGUUUAUUGAAUGAGCAGGAAGAAAACGGAGACAUGCAGUGUAGUGUUGACCUGUUACAGUACAAGAUUUUUGUCAAGUUAAGAAAAAAAGUGUAUUUUUACUAGUGCUGGACACCUGUGUAAAAUUUGUCAGACACAGAAUGCUGGAAAAUUCCUCAGAAAUACCUUACAUUAUUUAUUUUACAUCUCUGUAUUUGUACAAGCUUCACAAUGGACGGCAAGAUCCUUAGCAGGUUAAGUUUCUUGCCUGUAACAGUUGGCUUGGCUGUUUUGAGAGCUCAUUAUUUUACUAUUUGUUUCAUUAACUUAAUAUUUCAACAAAGCGCUUAGCAGUUUAAUAUAUUCUGUUUGUCCUUAGAUUUUUGUAGGAUUUGUUAAUUAUAAUAAAGCAGAGAAAUUAAAGCGGGACUCACGAUCUUGGUGAUGAAGAGCUGAACACAAAGUAAUGUUGUCCCAUUAAGUGACAUUUUGAAGGGAGCUCUCAUACAAGGUUGAAUUUUAAUUAUUAUUUUUAUAACAUUGGAGACACUACUCUGCACAGACAAAUUGUUUCUGCAUAUUGAAUAUGCCAAAGAUGAAAUGUAAUUUUAACGCACUGACAUAUUUUGACAUAUGUCACAUGUGUGAAUUUUCUUGUCAGUAUUUUCAAAAACUUUUGGCAAAUCAUUUAUUAAAUAAAAUGUAAGUAAACUAAGGCAAGCU